AUGCCCGCAGACUUCGUCGAAACGCCAGGCACCAGAAAGCGCUCACGCAAGUCAAUGGCAAACACCGACCGAUCGUCUUCGCCUACGGACCCGGAAGAGCACGUGCCUGGCCGUAGCCCUGUUGCAGAGGCCAAGCAGAAUAUCAAGACCUCGAACGGAACACUCAAUGGCAAGCCGAAGGGACGGAGGGUGGUGGACGGGUGGGCAGAGGGCACCGAUCCGAAGAUCGACCAGAAUCCUCAUUACGACUUCGGCGGCAGCUGGGGUGUCAGUGCCAUGAUGAUCGGCUUCCCGCUCCUCAUGUGGUACAUGUGGAUUGGGGCGACAUACUACGAUGGCAAGUUCCCGUCCGAGCCAAGCAUGUCCUGGCAGCAGUACGGCAAGCACCUCUUCCACCUUGCGUACACUGGCGCGUUCCCACAUGCGAAGGCGUGGGUCAUCUAUUGGACUUUCUUGGUUGCUCAAGCAAUUCUCUACUUGACGAUGCCUGGCGUGUACAGCUACGGCAAGCCACUGGCGUUCGAAGGUGACAAGCAAUUGAAGUACUACUGCAACGGCGUCAGCAGCUUCUACCUCACGAUUGUCGCCGCGAUCGGUCUCCACUUCAGCGGGCUGUUCAAGAUGUACGUGCUCAUCGACGAAUUCGGGCCGAUCAUGAGCGUGGCGAUUAUCACCGGCUUCCUUGUCAGUAUCGUCGCAUAUGCGUCUGCACUGUACCGCGGCGCUCAACACCGCAUGACUGGCUACCACAUCUACGACUUCUUCAUGGGCGCUGAGUUGAACCCGCGAAUGUUCGAAUGGCUGGACUUCAAGAUGUUCUUCGAGGUCCGCCUGCCGUGGUUCAUCCUCUUCCUCACUUCGCUUUCUGCAGCCGCACGUCAGUACGAGCUGUACGGCUACGUGAGCGGCGAGGUCGGCUUCGUCCUCAUGGCGCACUUCCUGUAUGCCAACGCCUGCUGCAAAGGCGAAGAGAUGAUCGUCACCACCUGGGACAUGUACUAUGAGAAAUGGGGCUUCAUGCUGAUCUUCUGGAACCUUGCCGGCGUGCCGCUCAGCUACUGCCACUGCACCAUCUACCUCGCCAACCACGACCCGGCGACAUAUGCCUGGUCCAAGCCUGCUCUGUUCCUGUUCUACACCAGCUACCUCUUCGUCUACUGGAUCUGGGACACCUCUCAAAGCCAAAAGAACAUGUUCCGUCUCGCGGAACGCGGCCACUACCAAGACCGCAAGACCUUCCCUCGUCUACCGUGGAAGCACAUCGAGAACCCCGAGACCAUCACUUCUUCCGCCGGUGACACUCUGCUGGUAGACGGCUGGUACAAGUACGCGCGCAAGAUCCACUAUACCUGCGACGUCUACUUUGCGACUACCUGGGGCUUGAUCACCGGUUUCAACUCGCCUUUCCCGUGGUUCUACCCGGUGUUCUUCAUUUGCAUGAUUAUUCACCGCGCGUAUAGGGAUAUUCAGCGGUGUCGGGAGAAGUAUGGGGAUGCUUGGAAGGAGUAUGAGAGGAGGACGCCAUAUUUGUUCAUUCCUUACGUGAUCUGA